ACAUGAUGGGCGAUUCAGCCGUCGCCUCAACCUGGGAAAAGGCCCCCUCCGUCAUGGGUCUUGGCUCUGCUCAGUCAGCCCCCUUUGUUGUCUUUACCAAAGAUCUCUCCACUUCUGUGGUGGUCAGCUCAUUCAGCAACUUUAUGGUCCACACCACCCACGCCGUCCCCGAUGCGCUCGAGUUUGGUGUACUGGGCACAGUGGAGGAGAUUCCCGAGGGAUUUGCAUUGGAAACCAUUGUCAAGGUCGGCAGCGGCAUCAACCAAGCCACCAUGGCCUGGGGUGAUGAUCUCCUUGCGUACUACGGUCGUGACCGCUACCAAUACCGCAGCGAUUAUACCCUCAGCAUGUUGGGUUACAGCACUGACAACGGAGCGUACUACUAUUACCAGACGGAGAACAACAAGACCUACGAGGACACCCUAUUGGAUGUCUAUGACUAUGCUCAGCAAGAGAGCAUUCCAUACCGCUAUAUUCUCCUUGACUCGUGGUGGUACUACAAGGGUCCUCACAAUGGCGUGACGGUCUGGGAUGCCAUGCCCUCCAUCUUCCCCCACGGGCUGGAAUACUUUUUCAACAAGACUGGGUGGUAUCAGCAGCUGCACAACCGCUACUGGAGUGCCGAGACCCCCUACGCCAAGCAAAACGGUGGCGAGUACGACUUUCUCAUAGAUGAGAGCUCGCAGUACGCCGUACCCACUGAACAAGCUUUCUGGGACCAGCUCAUGCUUGACAAGCGCCGCAGCGGCAUGAUCAACUACGAGCAAGAUUGGCUCGAUGACGAGUACGAC